AUGUCUCAGUUGAACUCUAAACUACCGGACACGUUAAAUGACGCAGUUUUAAAAGCGUCGGAGCCUUUGUCCGGUGACUACAUCAAAGUUGAAGGUAUCGAUUACUCUAAACCGGAAGCUACCGACAUGAGAGCCUCAGGACUGGUACAAUCAAUGAGAACCAUGGGGUUCCAAGCCAGCGCGUUAGGCGAAGGUUGCGAGAUCAUUAAUGAAAUGAGAUCUUGGAGGGGUGAGCACCGCGACGAGCUCGAAGAGCAUGAUAGAAAAGGGUCCUUUGACGAACAAGGCAAACAAAAGACAACAAUUUUCCUUGGGUACACAUCGAACUUGAUCAGUUCAGGACUACGGGAGACAAUUCGUCACCUGGUACAAAACAAGCAAGUGGACGCUAUUGUGACCACAGGAGGCGGUAUUGAAGAGGACCUUAUCAAGUGUUUAGCGCCCACCUACCUAGGUGAUUUUACGCUGAAGGGCGCAUCUUUGCGUGAAAAGGGCCUGAACCGUAUCGGGAACCUGCUGGUGCCCAAUGACAAUUAUUGCAAAUUUGAGGAGUGGAUUGUGCCCAUUCUCGACAAGAUGCUGGAGGAGCAGGAAGAAUAUGUGAAGGAGAACAAGACCGAAAGUCUCGACGCCAAUGCGGAUGUAGAGUCUCCAUUGUGGACACCAUCUAAGCUCAUCAACCGUUUAGGUAAAGAAAUUAAUGACGAGUCCUCGGUUCUGUACUGGGCUUACAAGAAUCAAAUUCCAGUGUUCUGCCCAGCGGUGACAGACGGUUCUAUUGGGGACAUGCUCUUCUUCCAUACCUUCAAGACUUCUCCUCGGCAAUUGCGCUUGGAUAUUGUGGCAGAUAUUCGUAAAAUCAAUUGCAUGUCCAUGGAAGCUUCGAGAGCAGGUAUGCUAUUACUCGGGGGUGGUUUGAUCAAGCAUCACAUUGCCAAUGCUUGCUUGAUGAGAAACGGUGCUGACUAUGCUGUGUACAUCAAUACCGGUCAGGAAUUCGACGGCUCAGAUGCAGGAGCUAGACCAGAUGAGGCAAUCUCGUGGGGCAAAAUCAAAGCUGAGGCAAAAUCCGUCAAAAUUUAUGCUGACGCUACUAUUGUUUUUCCUUUGAUCGUCGCUGCAACCUUUGCAAGUGGAAAGUAA